AUGGCUCCAAUAAUAUCUCAUCCCAAGCCCAACACUCUCUUCUCCCUUCUCUUUCUCUCCACACUUGCUUUCCUCGUUUGCUCGAGCUCGAGCUCGAGCUCGAGGCUCGAUCUCCUCCCAUCCGACCAUAAUGCCCUUGUGCGGAUACACGCAGAUUUUGCCAUCCACCACUUUCCGGUGAGCCGGAACUUCUGCAGCACUGCCGGAAUAUUCUGCCAACGACAGCUUACCACAAACAAUACAUAUAAUCUCAGAGUAACACGCCUGCUUCUCGACUCCCAUCGCCUCAAAGGGAGACUAUCUCCCGCCAUUGGCAACCUCUCGGAGCUCAAAGAGCUUUCCCUGCACAACAACCAAAUCUCUAACCAAAUCCCACCUCAAAUCAUCGACUGCCAAAAGCUCGUGACACUAAACCUCGGGAAAAAUCUUUUCUCCGGGAAAAUCCCACCCGGACUAUCGUCCUUAAUCCGCCUCCGAGUCCUCGAUCUGUCAUCAAACAAGUUCACAGGGAACCUGGAAUUCCUGAAGCAUUUUCCCAACAUGGAAAGGCUCAACCUUGCCGACAACUUGUUCUCUGGGAAAAUACCGGCUUCCCUAAGGUCUUUCCGUAACUUGAGAUUCAUAGAUGUGUCGGGGAACUUUUUGCUCGAGAGUGAUAAUCUCUCGAACAGCAUACUUGAAAACAAGCCGCUCCCCGCGCGCUAUGUGUUUGCCGAGAACCCCCGAAGGAGAAACCAGUCCUACUCGGCCGUGGCCCCUGCUCCAAGCCAGUCAGCCAACAGUGGGGCUGGGGCUUCACCUCCUACAUCAACACCCAAAAGGGGACACAAGAGGAAUAAAAAGAAAAUAGUUCAGGCGAUUCUCGGUUUCCUGACCGGAGUCCUGGCCGGAGGUAUUUCUGGGCUGGUGUUCGGCCUGUUUUUCAAGCUCCUCCUGCUUAUCAGAAGGCGUAAGAGGGACAUGAAACUGAAUAUCUUCAGCCCUUUGAUCAAAGGCGAAGACCUGGCCUUCCUCGAAAAUGACAACGGGCUAUCAUCCCUUCCCGUCAUUGGCCGAGGCGGGUGUGGGGAGGUCUACAAAGCCGUUCUCCCGGGAAGCAACGGGAAAGAAAUCGCCAUCAAGAAAAUAAUCCAGCCGCUUAGGGAUGCCGGUGAGCUCUCAGAAGACAGCAAGCUUCUCACCAAGAAAAUGCGCCAGAUAAAGUCCGAGAUACAGACGAUGGGCCGGAUCAGACACAAAAACCUCCUCUCCCUCCUGGCCCACCUUCCUCGGCCCGACUCCCACUUCCUGGUUUACGAGUACAUGAAGAACGGCAGCUUGCAGGACUGCCUCCAGCAGGUGGCUGAGGGAAGGCGGACACUCGACUGGCCCGCCCGUUACAAAAUCGCGCUUGGUGUGGCUUCCGGGCUCGAGUACCUUCACAUGAACCAGAGCCCGCGGAUCAUCCACCGCGACUUGAAGCCCGGGAAUGUUCUCCUGGACGACGAGAUGGAGGCCCGUAUCGCCGAUUUCGGGCUGGCCAAGGCAGUCCCGGAUGCCCACACGCACGUGACCUCGUCAAACGUGGCAGGUACAGUGGGGUACAUAGCGCCGGAGUAUUACCAGACGUUUAAGUUCACGGACAAGUGUGACGUGUACAGCUUUGGGGUAGUGUUGGGGGCACUGGUCGUGGGGAAACUGCCGUCAGACGAGUUCUUCCAGCACACGGAUGAGAUGAGUAUGGUGAAAUGGAUGAGGAAAGUGAUGGCUUCUGAGGAGCCGAAACAGGCGAUUGAUCCCAAGCUGCUCGGGAAUGGGUAUGAGGAGCAGAUGCUUCUCGUGCUCAAGGUUGCGUGUUUCUGCACGCUGGAGAAUCCUAAAGAGAGGCCGAACAGUAAGGACGCUAGAUGCAUGCUGGCUCAGAUUACGCACUAG